AUAUUCACAUACCAAAAUUUCAAAAUUCUCAGAAUGGUCCGACGCAGAAAAAAACUUUAAAAGAUCUCCAAAACAGCUUCGCAUACCAAAAUUUCAAAAUUCUCAGAACACAGAGACAAUCACGUGACAGGAAUGCAAAGCUUACGGAACAAAUAAAUAAUAAAAGUUAAAAAGUUAUAAAAGCCUUUUGUGAUAAUGCAAAUAAGGCGAGACCAGAUCAGACAGAACUGGGACACAGAGAAAAGAAGUGAAGGGCGUGGAAGGAAGUCCAAGGGGAAGGGGAAGGAGAAGAGGGGACGAGGACAGCGACGGGGAACGGGAAAUGGGAAACGCGGAAUGGAGCAACGGGGCAGGGACGGGGACGGGAACGGGGACGGGGACGGGGACGGGGACGGGGACGGGGACGGGCACGGGGACGGGUAUGAGGACCGAGACGGGGAUGGGGACGUGGACGGGGACAGGAACGGGAAUGGUGAAGGGGGAGGGGAAGAACCAGCAUGCAACCGCGCAAAGCAACGAAGCUGCUGUUGCUUGCUAAAGUUUUGAAUUGCCAGAAACUUGGGAGUUUAACACGUAAAAGAACUUCACAGUAUGAUGGCAAUGGCAAUGGCAUUCCCUCCAGCGUCAGCUACACACGACAGGACAGGCAUUGGCAGAGCACGGUGAGCGCAGCCCAUCCAAAAUAAUUCCUCGGCACAUUAAAGC